CCGGGGUCCUAGAGAGGACAGGAAAGCUCCUGGAAGGCGCCUGGGCUCAGGAGGCUGAUGCACUUCCGGCCGUCCCGGCUGGUCGGGUCGGGCUGCUGCUGCCCGCCGCGGCUCCGGAGCUUCCCUGGACCGAAGGUGUGUCCUCUGAAAGAAGAAUAUAUCAGGAAGUCUUGAAUGUGGUUCCUCUUCACCCCAGGCUGGAGGGAUCCUCCUAAGUUAACCCCAGAAUGGCUUCGGCGGAGGAACAGGAGGGACUUAAGAUCGUGAAGGUGGAGGAAGACGCGAUCUGGGACCAGGAAACCUACCUUCGAGAGAACAGCUUUUCUAGCCAGGAGGCCUCCCGCCAACUUUUUAGGCAUUUUUGUUAUCAAGAGACUCCCGGACCCCGUGAGGCGCUGAGCCGGCUCCGGGAGCUGUGCCGACGCUGGCUGCGGCCCGAGACCCACAGCAAGGAGCAGAUCGUGGAGCUGCUGGUGCUGGAGCAGUUCCUGACCAUCCUGCCCGAGGAGCUGCGGGCCUGGGUGCGGGAGCAGCAGCCGGAGAGCGGGGAGGAGGCCGUGGCUGUGGUUGAAGAUCUGGAGAGGGAGCUUAGUGAGCCUGAGAACCAGGCCCCAGAUCACGAACACGGCCAUUCUGAAGCACGCUCAGAGGAUGUGCUGCAUUUGAAGGCCAAGCAGGACUCGAUAGCCACCCAGCUUCAGUCCAUGGUGACACAGCUCAAAGGUGAAUCUUUGGGUCCCCACAGAUUUGGAGAACAAGGUGGUGAAACUGUACCCGAAAGCCAGGACUUUGCAUCGAAGCAAGACGUCUUGAAGGAAAUGGAACAUUUUGGAAAUAGCAGGCUCCACAGAGCUGCCCCUCUGGACUGUAAGUACAGAGAACCUUGUGCGCAGGAGAGCAGAGUGGGAAAGCAGCGGGGACGGGCCUCUGGGGAGAGACGGCACAGGUGCAGUGAGUGUGGGAAGGGCUUUACUCAGAGCUCAGUCCUCAUCCAGCACCGGAGAACCCACACAGGGGAGAAGCCCUACGAGUGCGAAGAAUGUGGGAAGGCCUUCAGCCAGCGGUCGGGCCUGACUGAGCACCAGCGGAGCCACACCGGGGAGAAGCCCUAUCAGUGUAAGGAGUGUGGGAAGGCCUUCAGCGCUAGCAACGGCCUCGUCAGACACCGGAGGGUCCACACGGGGGAGAAGCCGUACGAGUGCGAGGAGUGCGGGAAGGCCUUCCGCCUGAGCUCCUACCUCGUGCAGCAUCAGCGCAUCCACGCCGGGGAGAAGCGCUACCGGUGUCGCGAGUGCGGCAAGGCCUUCAGCCAGAACGCGGGGCUCUUCCAGCACCUGCGCACCCACACGGGCGAGAAGCCCCAUCAGUGCGGCCAGUGCGGCCGGCGCUUCGGCAGGCGCACGCUGCUCCGGAAGCACCAGCGGAGCCACACCGGGGAGCGGCCGUUCGCGUGCGAGCAGUGCGGGAGGGCCUUCGGCCACCACUGCAACCUCGUCAGGCAUCUCAGAGUCCACACCGUUGCCAAGCCGGACUCGUGCAGUGAGUGUGGGAAGGGCUUUACUCAGAGCUCAGUCCUCAUCCAGCACCGGAGAACCCACACAGGGGAGAAGCCCUACGAGUGCGAAGAAUGUGGGAAGGCCUUCAGCCAGCGGUCGGGCCUGACUGAGCACCAGCGGAGCCACACCGGGGAGAAGCCCUAUCAGUGUAAGGAGUGUGGGAAGGCCUUCAGCGCUAGCAACGGCCUCGUCAGACACCGGAGGGUCCACACGGGGGAGAAGCCGUACGAGUGCGAGGAGUGCGGGAAGGCCUUCCGCCUGAGCUCCUACCUCGUGCAGCAUCAGCGCAUCCACGCCGGGGAGAAGCGCUACCGGUGUCGCGAGUGCGGCAAGGCCUUCAGCCAGAACGCGGGGCUCUUCCAGCACCUGCGCACCCACACGGGCGAGAAGCCCCAUCAGUGCGGCCAGUGCGGCCGGCGCUUCGGCAGGCGCACGCUGCUCCGGAAGCACCAGCGGAGCCACACCGGGGAGCGGCCGUUCGCGUGCGAGCAGUGCGGGAGGGCCUUCGGCCACCACUGCAACCUCGUCAGGCAUCUCAGAGUCCACACCGUUGCCAAGCCGGACUCGUUCCGUGGGCCCCCCGGCCCCUAGGUGGGGCCGUCUCGGAAAGUAAGAUUUUCAAGCGGCAUAUUUUGUUUUUACCAAAUGUAUUCUGCUCUGGAAUGAGUAGCUUGUCUGCAGACGGGGUGCUGUGUCUCCGGGGUGAGUGACUGUGGGUGUGGGCGCUUGCCCGGCAGCCGCCUCCUUGCCUGUCCCUCGCUUCAUUUCUGAUGAUUUUCCUAAAAGGGGACCACAAAUUACCUGGAAAUAAAUUGGUAUGGAGGGGCUGUUCUUGAGUAAUACUGACCACCGAAUGAGUCUGCAAGACUCUUUAAAGACUGAAUAAAUUCAAAGGAUGGUCAGAAGUGAGGCUUUUUUCCCCCCUGUGAAAGUGAACAUUUUAAACACGCUGAAGUGUUGGGAGUAAGAAUCCUUGCCAUUCGCACGGGGGAUCCUCCGGGGUCCCCCCGAGGACCGUGCUGGAUGAGCUCUUCGGUGCUCUCAUCGGAAGGAGUGACGUGCGCCCCAACAGCGCGGCCGUACUGGUGGUGUGAAAGCUUCAGUCCCGGCGGCUCAGAGAGCCGCGAGCCUCCGUAUGGAAGUGCAGGUCGCUACCGUAUGACGCCUCCCUUUGUCAGAAAGAAUAAGGGGACGCGUGGAAACGCGCACAUUACGCUCUUUCAUUCAUGGCCCUCUGUCAGCAUCGUGCCCCGGCCGCGGCCCUCUGGAGCUUCGUCGGGUGUCCUUGCAGACAGCGUCCUUGAGGCUCGGUGAAGAGGAGGGGCUGCAGAGACCAGCGCUCCCCUGCCGUGUACUGUCAGCGUGAAACACGGGCUCUGGCACCGGACAGUCUGGGUUCAAAUCCUGCCCCUCCGUGUGUGAGCCUUGCGACGUUGGGUAACUUACUCAAACGACCCUGUGCUUCGUCUCCCGGUCUGCAAUCGGGGAUGCUUAACUGUGCCCUUCUCACAGGGCGCUUGAGAUUAAAUUUAUGCAAACUUCGAAACACAACAGCUUUCAGUAAACGUGCACUGCGAUUUAUGAAAGAAAUAAUACCAUCUGUGUAGGCGGGGUUGUUGGAAUUAAAUAGGGUAUGAAAUGCUUCUACUGAUAUUCUCAUUAUACUUUUACUCCAGGUCAAAAUCCAAAGUUGAACUUCCCAAGAGAGGAAAUAAAAGUUCAGCUUAGAAGCAUACUGUGCUAGACCUUUAUCUUUGAAGUUUAUAAAAAGUUAGAAGUGUGUGAGCACGUGUGUAUAUUUGGUUUUCCUUAGACUUUAGGGACCAUAGCAAAAAGGACUCUUUAAAAUUCCUUGACUGUUUUAUUUGUGAAUAGAACAAUUAGCUAAAUUCAGAUUAUCUGGAAUAAUGCUUAUCAAAUUUUAGAGUAUCUACAAAUCACUUGGGAUCUUCGUAAAAUACAGAGUCUAAUUCAAAAGGUCAGAAUGGAGGCCGGGAAUCUGCAUUUUCCGCGAGCUCCCAGCGCUGCUGUCGCUGGUUCCAGAGUGCGCUCAGCAUCAGCGCCCCCUGCAGCCCUGAAUACAGAUGUGGUCCUUCAGCUGUGCGUGUGGUGCCAAACAGGUCGUGCUCCCCGCCCCCCCAGCCUCCACGGACAGCAGCAUGGAACCCCUGAUGCUGUGCUCCCUGCGGGAAGACGAGUGAGCUGCCCACGAGUGCAGUGGGCGGGUGGGUUUGAGAGACGAGGUGGUUUCCCCACUCUGGCGCAGGCAGAUUCCUCCAGAUCUUCACCCAGCAGUGUCUGCCUAGAGGAAGCUGCUCCUCGUCCUCCCUCCGCGCAGGAGCUGGGGGGGAGGGCAGAGGGGCUGUCCCCUGCUUCUGAGCACACUGCCGACGGCCGGACCUCCCCCUCAGCCCUCCCUGGGGUUGUCCAGGCAUUCAGGACACGAGGCUGCUAUGUCCUUCCCUGCAGUGCCAGCACGAACCACACGGAACUUCAGCCCGGUCCCUCCGGGGCUCUGACCCCAAUGACCACACAGCCCCUUCCCUUCUCAGCUCCUCACAGCAGCAAAGGAACGCUCAGAGAGAACAACCACGAGAGGCCAGAGGGAUUCCGUUUCAGUGAUCUGGUUCAAAUGUUGCCUGGUGAACUGGGGAGACCCUGGGCCCUGAAGUCUCAACUCAGCCCAUCCCAAAGAUGUCGCCAAAGGCUCUCGGUCUCCUUAUGAGAAAGAAUUCAGGGACAGACGUGCAGCACCGCAGAUGAGCGACACAAACAGGAAAGUUCAUUAAAGCAGGGUACGCUCGAGAUGCGAGAGCAGGCCGGCUUGAGAGAGAGCUGCAUUCCUGGGGUUCGGGUUUUACCUUUUAUUAACAGUUCUUAAGGGGUGGGAUAUUCAUUAUUGGAGGUGAGGAUUUCUUGGUAGCAGGAUUUUGUGCCUUUUUCUUAUUUGACCAGAGGUUUCCUGUCAUGGCACCGCCAUCGGGGGCCUGUCUGGUGGGAUCUGGCUUCUCGUGGAUGUGGCCAGGACAGGCUACUGACCUUCCCCACACCUCACGUGGCUGCCUCCAUGCUGGCCUCCGGGCAUCCCGUUAGAGCCUCCGUGCCGCCUCUAACAGUUUCACUAAUAUGUGUGAAGGAAACAUUAAAGACCCAAUUUCCAAAUAUCCCCCUUUUAUUAAAAUUAAUCAUAAGAUAACAUCAUAAUUUAUAAAUCUAUUAAUUAGUUAUUUUCCAUUUUCCAAUUAGAACAUUGUCUGUUUGGUCCAAAGAUACCAAAAGCUACAGCAGAAAAACCAAAUGAAGCCCAGAGUGUCUCUGUGAGUGUUGGUUCCUCCCAAAAGUUGGGGGCUUUACUGACUGAACCAGAUGGUUUCCUCACUUCUGAUUGUGUAGUCUUACCGCUGGCUUUCUCUACUGGUGCGCACAAGAAACAUCCAGACGUGACGAAAGAACCCCAUCUGAGCCAUCCGAGACAGGUUGUCCUUUCACUUUCCCGUUUGGAAAUACUUGCACGUAUAAACUUGUAUGCAUUGUUCAUGAA